AACAAAAAGUAUAGAAAUAAAUGUCGCUAUGAGUCAUUGUCGCAUCGAAUACGAAUCUUUGAUCGGCAAUAUAAUUAAAUUACGCCGACAGACCGGAAACAUCAUUCGGUCUAUCUUUAACCUAAUGCUCCCACUUACAUACAUCAAAGGCAUUUUGCCGAAAAUAAACCUUCACGAAUGUGUCACGAAGCGUCUGGAUAGUUCUACGUCGUUUAUAAUACGAGCUAGUUCUAAUUGUAAGGAUAAGCAAAGUUAUCUCUCUUAAAUCUCGUCAGUGACAAAAUUUAGAAAAAAGGUGAAUCACAUACAGUGCUGUAUUCUUAGAAAGAAGCUCGUUCUUUCUAAAACUUUUUUACGAAAGAGAUAUCUUGCAAAAUGACAAAAUCAGAUAUGACUGCACAAGAGUGGAAAGAGAAAGGUAACGAAGAGUUUAACAAAGGCAACUGGUCAGAGGCGGUAGAUUGCUAUACAAAUGCACUGAACUUAGUAAAGGAAGAUAAUGCUGAGAAAGCAAUAUAUUAUAAAAAUCGAGCUGCCGCUUAUUUAAAAUUACUUGAUUAUGAGAAAGUGAUCAAGGAUUGUGAUAAUGCAUUAAAGAUAUGCUCUAAUGAUCCCAAGGCCUUAUUUCGUAGAUGUCAAGCACUUGAAGCAUUGCAGAGGUUUGAAGAGGCAUAUCGAGAUGCAAGAAAUAUUAUUUUAUCUGAUCCCAAUAAUAAAUCUAUUCAGCCUAUAGCAGCACGUUUACAUGAAAUUGUACAAGAACGACAUAAAGAAAUGUCACGUGUUAGUGCCAAAGUAUCACAAAUGCUAGAUCUAGCCUUUGACAUGAGCAUAGAUAAAGAGAAGCGUGAAACUGCUAUGAAUAAUUUACUUGUGCUUGCACGCGAGAGGGCUGGUGCAGAAGAGAUUUUCAAACAGAAAGGUGUAUCUAAAAUAACAAAAUUUUUGAAAGUGGGAAAGGACGAGGAAGUAAUCUGCAAUGCGAUCCGUAUUAUAGGCGAAUUAUGUAAAAAUAAUAUUAAUCGAACUGAAUCUAUUAUAAGAGAUAUCGGUUUGCCUUGGUUUUUGGAAAUGAUAAACAGUAAGCUUGCAGAGAGGGUCAAUGCAUCUCAAUACUGUUUACAGACUAUAUUGAAUACUUAUAGUGGUAUGGACAAUAAGCCCGAUUCAAAACCUGACAAGACUUUGUGCGAGACACAUAAAAAAGAAAUAGACACAAUUCUAUCAUGUCUAUUGUAUAGUGUAACAAAUAGAACAAUAACAGGUCUUGCAAGAGAUGCAAUAAUAGAACUUAUUAUGCGUAAUAUUCAUUACACUGCAUUAGACUGGGCUGAACGGUUGGUCGAACUUCGCGGUUUACAAAGAUUGAUGGAAGUAGCCAGCGAAAUGGAGGAAUACAAGUAUGAAUCCUCAAUGGACAUUACAUCUUCCACACGAACUAUAACUAGUGUAUGUUUGGCUAGAAUAUAUGAGAACAUGUAUUAUGAUGCUGCUAAGGAACGAUUUAGAAAUGCCAUUGAAGAAUUUAUUAAAGAUAAAUUACUUACACCAGAUAUAGAAUCUAAGGUUCGUAUAGUAGUUGCGAUAACGACUUUAUUAUUGGGCCCGACAGAUGUUGGAAAUGCAAUUGUAGCUAAAGAAGGGAUUUUAGAAAUGAUCCUCGUUAUGGCAGGGACGGAUGAUCUAUUGCAGCAGAAAGUCGCUUGCGAAUGUAUUGUUGCCGUCGCGUCCAAAAAAGAUAAGGCUACCGCGAUCAUAAAUCAAGGUGUAAAUAUUUUAAAGAAGCUAUAUCAAUCUAAAGAUGACUCAAUCCGCGUCCGAGCAUUAGUGGGAUUGUGUAAGUUAGGAAGUUCGGGAGGCACAGAUGCGACUAUCAGGCCGUUUGCGGACGGAGCAACGAAAAAAUUGGCCGAGGCCUGCAGACGAUUCUUGAUUAAUCCCAAGAAGGAUAAAGACAUGAGAAAAUGGGCUAUAGAGGGUCUAUCAUAUCUUACUUUUGACGCCGAAGUCAAGGAAAAAUUAAUAGAAGAUCAACAGGCCAUUCAAGCUAUGAUUGAGCUUGCCAAAACUGGCGAUCAGUCUAUUCUCUAUGGCGUGGUCACAACGUUAGUGAACUUGUGCAACGCUUAUGACAAGCAAGAGCUCAUACCCGAAAUGAUUGAAUUGGCAAAGUUCGCAAAACAUCAUAUUCCCGAAGAACACGAAUUAGAUGAUAUCGACUUUGUAAAUAAGAGAUUAUGCGCGUUAGCCAAGGCUGGUGUAACCAGUGCUCUAGUCAGUCUUGCUAAAACAGAUAGUCAAAAUAGCAGGGAAUUGAUAGCGCGCGUUUUUAAUGCGAUAUGCAGUCAACAAGAAGUGAGAGGAAUAAUCGUUCAACAGGGUGCUGCGAAGGCUUUAUUACCAUUAGCAUUAGAUAAUACAGAUAAAGGAAAGAAGCAAGCCUCACAAGCUCUGGCUCGUUUAGGAAUCACGAUAAAUCCCGAGGUCGCUUUUCCCGGUCAGAGAAUAAUGGAGGUCGUUCGACCAUUCAUAAAUCUUCUGAAUCCAGAGUGUUCUGCUCUCGAGAAUUUCGAAAGUCUAAUGGCUCUGUGCAAUCUAGCUGGUGUCAAUGACAUCGUGCGAAAACGUAUACUGAAGGAAGGAGGAUUCCAGAAGAUCGAGGCCUAUAUGUACGAAGAGCACGACAUGCUGAGGCGCGCGGCCACGCAAGUUAUAAAUAAUUUGGUAAUGUGUGAGGAGACAAUCCGAUAUUACGAACAAGAAAACGACCGCAUCAAGUAUCUUGUAAUACUGUGCGAAGAUGAGGAUCAAGAUACUAGUAUUGCAGCGGCUGGAGCUCUGGCGAUGCUAACAUCAGCUAGCAAAAAAGCUUGCGAAAAGAUCUUUGAUUCGAAAGAUUGGCUGGAGUCUCUACGCUUUUUACUCGCCAAUCCAAAUCAUGAUGUACAACAUAGGGGAGUCGUAAUCGUAUUGAACAUGAUGAGAAGCACAAAGGAUGUUGCUGCAAAACUUAUUGAAACGGAUAUAAUGGAAAUAUUGAUGGCAUUGAGUAAAAACAAUAAUGUUGAAAACAACAAAAUCAAAGAAUUGGCAUCCACUGCUUUGGAUGUUGCUGCUGAAUGGAAAUUGAUCAAGAAAAACGUCGAUGAAAACGAAUCGUCAGAAAGCACUAAACAAAUUGUUGACCUGGCACUGAACGAUACAUGGUGAUGUUUGGAAAAAGAUCUCAAAGUCAUUUAUAGGAUCCUCACUAAUAAUCUGCACGCCCUCAGUAGUUGUCAUAUCUGUACAUAUAUA